AUGAAAUUCGCCGCUCUUAUCUCCGGUGGUAAGGACUCCUUCUUCAAUGUUCUCCAUUGUCUUGCAAACGACCACGAGCUCGUGUGUCUAGCCAACCUGCACCCUCCUCCGUCAGACUCCCACGAAAUGGACUCUUUCAUGUACCAAACGGUAGGCUUUGAUGUCGUGCCCUACUAUGCUGAGUGCACAGGGAAGCCACUGUACAGACAGGUAAUUAAGGGAUCCUCGAAUAACCAGAAGCUCGAGUACGAACAAACGCAGGACGACGAAACAGAAGAUUUGUACGAGCUUCUCAAGGUCGUGAAGGAACAUCACCCCGAUGUCGAGGCUAUCAGUGUUGGGGCCAUUCUUUCGUCGUACCAGCGCACACGGGUGGAGGAUGUUUGCAGUAGACUCGGCCUCACCGCGCUGGCGUAUCUCUGGCAGCGGGAUCAGGAGGAGCUGAUGGGAGAAAUGGUGGACUCAGAUAUGGAAGCCAGACUGAUCAAAGUCGCCGCAAUCGGAUUAAACGACUCCCACCUCGGAAAAACCUUGCAGGAGAUGUACCCAGUCUUGAAAAACUUGAAUAGAAAGUUUGGUGUUCAUGUGUGUGGGGAGGGUGGGGAGUUUGAGUCUUUGGUGUUUGAUGCCCCAUUUUUCACAAAGGGCAAGCUCCAGAUAGUGGAUAAACAGAUCGUCAGACACACAAACGACGAGAUCUGGUACCUCAAACUGAAGGUGCAGCUUGUGGAAAAAUCCAGCGGAGGCAAAUGCAACGUUGUUCAACCCCCACUGUUGCAUGAUCCGUUUGAUCAGAUCAGUCUGCAACCUUUAAUCAAAAAGACCGAGUCCUUGUCUCAUACUCCACACACGAAAGUCUGGGAACAAAACAGGGGCAAAAAUUAUGGACGUCUACGCUUCAACAACAUCACUUCCACGGAACCCACCCUUGAAGGUCAAGUCACCCACAUUUUUUCCCAAUUGGAAAGGUUUCUCUCAGAGUCAAAGUUACAUCCCGCAAACAUCCAAUCUUCGUCGCUGUUGGUGAGCGACAUGUCCAACUUUGCACAAAUCAACAAGAUAUAUCAAACCUUCUUCACCAAACCAUUACCCCCAGCAAGAGUCUGCGUCGAAACAAACCUUCCGAAGGAGUGUUUUGCUCAACUUUCUGUAGAGAUCUUGGACGAUCUCCAUUUCAAAAAAGGACUGCACGUUCAAGGCCGCUCUUAUUGGGCACCUUCAAAUAUCGGCCCGUACUCGCAAUCUAUCGCAGAUACAAGAACAUACCUUGCCCAUAUCAGCGGCCAGAUCCCUCUUAUUCCUCGUGACAUGACCCCGUGUAAGGAUGUUACUACACAAUCGGUACUGGCAUUACAGCAUUUCGAGCACGUGAAGGAGGUAAUUGGCAGCCCAACCAACAUCUUCAUCUGCUGCUUUGUGACGAGCCCAGCAACAGUCCCGCUCGUGACAGAAACAUACAGACAGUACAUUGGGCUGCAACGUGACCGAGAUCACGUGAAAGAACUGGUGACCGUUGUUGUUGGAGCUUUGCCGCGGGGGGUUGAUGUUGAAUGGGGAGGGAUCACUGUGAAUGAGGCCGUGGGAGAUUACGAGGAAGCCCAGAUUGCAUUUGGGAAGCCGUUGGAGUACAAGGAGGACCGCCACUACAAGAUAUUUGCUGGGCCCGAUCUGUACCGCGAGGAAUUCCCAGAAAGCUACGAGUUUGUUCCUGUUGAGCAAGUGUUUGACAGUGAAGCGCGUGAACAACCAUAUGCGGUGGUGGAGCUUGUUUGA